CAGGAGAGUUGGCCCUUGAUCUCGGCUGCUGAUGCGUGCCCCGGGCGCGCAGACCCAUGUCCACAAAGAAGAGCAGGGAGCGCCGGACAGCGGCCGGGGAACUCAGCGCAGGCUGCCUGGCCUGCCGUCGCCUGCGCUGUGCUGCGCUUGCGGUCUGUGCGUGCUGCUGGCUGGCGUGAAUGUGACGCUGGUGGGUGCCUUCGCCUCCUUCCUGCCUGGGCACAACGCACCGCUGGUCGUGGGGCCUGCGCUGCUGGUGCUGGCGCUCGGCUUCUUCCUGGCCUGCUGCGUGUGUGGCCGCCGGGCCCCCGCGCCCCGAGCGAGAACCGUGGGGAUGGCCCGCCCGGGCCAGGGCGGCGCACGCGCCGGUCCGGUGGCGCUGGAGCUGGAGAGCAGCGAGCGCACUGCACAGGACACCACGGCGGUGCAGCUCAGCUCCGCCGCCUCCGCAGCGUCCUCGGGCCCGUCCAGCCCCGGCCUCUUCGCCCUGGACGUGCCCGCACCCGCAGCAGUCUGUGUGCCGCGCCAUGAAGGGGUCCCGGGAGCGGCUGUCUGCUAGCGGGCAGGACCCCGGCCUGACUCCCCUGUCCCGGCUCUCUCCGUCAAGUGCCAUUGAAAGCGCUGGCUCUGGGCAUGGUGGCUGGCCUCAGUUGUCCCAGCUACAGAAGUGGAGAAUGUGAUAUCGGUGUAGACGCUCAUACCCCAAAGAAGGUAGCUGAAGGGCCCAGGGUUUAGCUUAGCGGAGUAAGCUGCUGCCUUGGCAAGCGCGAGGUCAUGAGUUCAAUUCCUGGUACCAAAAAAAAAAAAAAGGAGCCGAACCUGCCCUGUUCCACCUCAACCUCAGCCUUGAUGAAACUGGACCUUGACCCUCUGCUCUCCCAUGGCAUGUGAGCCCUGUGGAGGAAGAGGACUGGCUGCCAGCCAGGCUUUUAGGGUCAAGAGGAGGAGAAUUUCCAGGCUUCUAUCAGUCCCCCCCAACCCCACCUCCACCGGACCCAAUCCCAUCUCUGUCUCAACAUGGCCUUUGGGAUUUUUCUGGGGAGGAAGGGUUCUGACUUCAGGAUGGUCCCUUCAGGAAGAAGUUGUUUCCUUUUUUUUUUUUUUUAAGUAAUUUUUUUUUGGGGGGGGGUCUUUUUGAGACAGGGUCUUACCACGCAGUUCAGCCUGACCUUGGGCUCACUUUUGUAGCCCAGGCUGGUCUCAAACUUGCAACGAUCUGCCUGCCUCAGCCUCCGAGUGCUGGGAUUACAGAAGUGUGCCGCCAUACCACACCACACCCAGAUAAGAGGUCGAUUCUUGUCUGACCUGGGCCCUCAGUGGCAAGGUGGCUUCUCCAGCCUACUGUCACCUUGGCUGCUAGCAAUGCCAGCCACCAACCAGGACUGCACCUCCCUCCUGAAUAAAGCACCUCCUGAAUAAAGUAGGCUGGAGGGACAGGUUGUAGGACCUCUGGCUGAGCACCCUAAUUCUGGGGUCCUGUCAGCCUAUGACUAAGCACUUUCGCAUCCUAGUACCAGUCCUUGUUGGAGCUCCAGAAGGGGCCUCCAAGGAGAGGAGUGGGGGACUGUGAAGGGAAAAUGUCUCUGAGACUGUGUAUGCCUGUAGAUGUCUGUGAGAACAGGUGUGUCAGAAGAGAGCUGGGAAAAUGUAGGCGUGUGACCAUGGGUGCAGUUGCCUAGCUGUAGCUCCUUUAAGAGCCACAGCUGUAGCAAUGGCAGUGUUUGGGUGACUGUCAACAUCGCACACAGGUAUGGGAAGUGUAAGGAGGGGUGGUAGUUGAGAUAGAUAUCACCACCCAGAGCAGGGACGGUGAGGGGAGAGCUUGCCCCCAUACGUACAUACACUGUAAAGCCCAGGCUUGCAGAGCUUGCAGAGGUGGGGUUUGUCCAGCAGUUGACAGCAUCUGGGAGAGGAAUGGGAGCUGCCUCAGAAGAAGAAGCAGAGGACCGAAGGAAUAUUCUGACUUUGAACUAGUUCCUCCUCUUCCUGCAGAGACCACGGCAAGUGGCAACAUUGGCACAUGCUGGCCCACCAUGAAGUGGGGGGCUGUGACUCCCUGCCCACCCUCCUUGGCUUCAUGGGCUUCUGUUUCUCAUUUCAAGAUGGGCUCUGCUACUCUUUUGCCAUGGCCCAAACACUCGCAAGAUCCCUAGGGCUCUGUCUUCCUUCCUCCACCUCCAUCUCUGUCCUCUCCUGCUGGCUUUCUUUUCUACUGAAGAUAUUCAUGUGGUCUCCUCAAAGAGAGCAAAUCUGCCAGUAGAUGCCCGGCAGUUCAUCUCCAGUGGCUCACAUGGGUCAAUGGACCCUAAAGCACUUGAAGCACUCUGCCUCUGGAGCUGACAAUCUCUGUUCAGAGCGCCACUUCACCUUGACCUCCAGUGUCUGCCCCUCUCCUCCUGUAGCUUAACUAGAUUGGUGCAUGUAAGCAUGCAUGCAUGUGUAUGAGUGUAAGGUCACGUCCUCGGGCUCAUCUGUUCUCCUCAUUCAUUGGUCUGCAGCCUCAGACACCUGCUGCCUUGGUAGAGCAGAUGUGAAAGGGCCCACUGUGGAUGCUGCCUUGGGGUAUGGCUGGACCGCCUUUUCCCUCCAGCUUCUUACAAGGAAACACCUACAUUCAACCUGCAAUGCUAGACCUAGUCCAAGGCCUUCUUCCACCUGCUAGCAGAUCCCAGAAAUUGCACUCUCAGAGCCCCCACCCCACCCACUCCCCACCUCCACCCCUGCUCAGAACUUGCUGUGGGAGCAGCUGUUAGGGGGUGGGGGAGUGAGUUCAGGGCUGUGGGCCAUAGCGCAGUGGUGUGAGUACAGUGGGACAGAAUAGUGUAGAGAAGGGAUCACUGGUUCCCUAGAGUCCCUUCAGCUGCCAGCUCAGGAUGAAGAAUGUCACUGGUCUCAAAUGUGCUCCUCAGGCAUACUCAAUGUGCAGGGCCCACUUCCCAGUCAGCACUGGCAGAGCAACCUGCACAUCAUUUCUCUGGGGCUACCACAGGGCACUCUCCUCCUCUCUUCUCGCAUUAUUUCCUCAGUGAGAGCUGAGGGCCAAGGCUCUUCAGGAAGUACAAGCGGGGAGCCCCUGCAGCAGCCCACUCCCUUACACAGUGGGACUGGAGGACAUGCCCUGCCCCUCCCUGCUGCAGUCCUCUCCCCAGGCAAGUGCCAUGCAGGCCAUGAGGGAGCCCUGUUUCUGCUAAAGGUGAAGACAGAGUCCUGGCAGCACCAGGGCAUCAACUCCCUGACCUUGAGAAAUCUGAGCAGGGCUUGGUGAGUCCUGCUGGGAGAUUGCAGAGGGCCUUUGAUAAGGGCUAAGCCUGGCACUGGAGUCUGAAAACCAAAGCAUCAAGGACUGCUCUCAGAGGUCCAGAGGCUGCAAUGGAGGGCAGAGUGUUUCCCUAGGGUCUGGAGAGGUCCUGGCCUGCACAUUAGAGACCAGUAAGGGGGAAGGAAUUGGGUUUUUUCCCUCUCUUUCCACUAGAAGAAAUGAGGGCAUUCACUCAGAAUCAGGUUUUACUAAUUAAUUCAAUAAAUAAUUCCUGAGCCCUGUGGCUGGUUCCGAGAA